GGGUGACAGGACCCCCCCGGGAGAGAAUGGUCCCGUCCGCUGAACUUGUGCAAAGUAGCGAAAAGAGAGUAAAAUAUAGCGAAAAGCGGCGAGAAGGAAGAGUGGAGGAAGCAGGGAGCCGGCAGGAGCCAUGGACGGAGGAGACAGCCCCGGGAAGGGGCAGAGCAGCUCCUGCCCUCUGGCAGAUCCUAAAGAGGAGCCAUCUCUACUGUGCACAGAGCAGGGUAUAGAGGACGAGUCUCCGGAAUACAGCACCGUCAUUGUCACAGAUCCUAAAGAGGAGCCAUCUCUACUGUGCACAGAGCAGGGUAUAGAGGACGAGUCUCCGGAAUACAGCACCGUCAUUGUCACAGGUCAGAGUGAUGAACUGGAGGACGCCAGCCCUGUAGAGUUCAGUCUUCGUGCCCCUGACAACACAACAGCUGAUAACGGGCAGUGCCAGCUCAGCCUACUGGCAGUGUGUGGGCCUCUGUCUGACCCCCCGGGAGGAUGCUACGGCGCUUAUAGCGCCGAGGCACGCCAGGGACCAGGCUUCUUCACUGCAGGUGGGCAGUUCCAGCCAGUAAACCUAAAAAUGAAAGCAAAUUUCCCAGCAACCGCUCCUGCCCCGCGACGCUCAGCCCGCUGCGCCGGCUCAUGUAAGCUGCCAGCCUUUGUAUAUGAUACAGGACCGGGAGGAGACGGACAAAGGCCCAAGUUCCAGCCUGAAACUGUUGAUGAGACGUCAGCGCCCAGCAGAAAGAAGAGCCGCACCCUCUACAACAUUGGCCAGUUGCACGAACUGGAGCGAAUCUUUAUGGAGGACCAUUAUCCAGACAGCGAGAAGAGGCGGGAGAUUGCGGAAGUUGUUGGCGUCACACCGCAGAGAAUAAUGGUUUGGUUUCAAAACCGCAGGGCCAAAUGGCGCAAAGUGGAGAAAUCUUCCGUCAGAAGUGUCAAAAAAUCGGUUGCUUCCUCUGUGGGGAUGUCUCGUUCCGAGAGCACCAUUCUCACUGCUUCUGCUCUCUCCCGCCCAGAGACCGUUUCGUUUGCAGUCACGUCAAGUUAUCACCCAUACGGAUCGUUACCAGCCAUCAGGAAUGGGCAUCCCUUCGUGCCCGGGACCCUCCUGCAGAGGCCUCAGCCCCUGGAUGUCCUUUCCCAGCACAGCUCCUCCUGCAGUACCAACAGCAGCGGCUCAGCAAGCCUGGGCUCCCCGAACACGGUCUGCUUACCGCCCUCCCAGGAGUACCCUCCGGCAUUUCACAGCCCCCCGCCGCUGCGCCGUGUUGGCCUGCCCAUGUCCAUGAACUUUAACCCUAGCAGUCACAUGGUUCCGCUGAUGCCGGAGACACCGGAUAGCACUUGCACCCCGUCCCCGACUGAUGGCGACAUGUACUCUUACAAUAUACAGGAAGCCCCAAUGCUGGAUUCCAUGUCUGCAUCUAUGAGGUUUGGACCACAGUACUAUCACCAAAGUAGUCAGCUGGGUCCCUACCAGAUGCCCCAGUAUUCACAGUACCAGCGCUUCCCAGUGCACAGCCUCACCCCAACCUCUCCUGAGGACACGGCCUUCCUCGCUGUUCCAGCAAGCAACACCGGGGUGCUGGCAUACGGGAACCGCGGAACCUUCCUGCAGGGGCGCACAACCGGUCAUAUUCUGCUUCAGCCGGGCACAGCAGGUGGACUUUCCUUCCACGCUCCUCCCUGGAACGAUAUGUACAUACAAGGAGCGCCGUUUCCCAUUCCUCGCCAUCAGGCUGGAAGCAGUCGCGGUGCGCCUGAGCAGCCGCAUUUCCCACCGCCUGCACCUCGCAUCGCACAGCAACCUCACAAGCCCACAGCGAAUGCACAGACCGCCACGGAGACACAGAGCACCGAGUGUGAGCGGAGCGGGAACACUAGUACUGACGCCAAAGAAGACAGCGGUUCCGUUAAGCAGAGUUUGUGAUGCGCUUUCUCCCGGCAGAACAAGCCUGGCUACCAAUGGACAAGGAGCCAGCGGCCCAUGAUAACACGAGCUGUAACGAUGGUUUAUGUUUGUUUUUUCUUUGAUUCCCCGGUUAAAUUAUUGUUGGAAGGCGUCCUGUGUUUGUAGUGAGGGAGGAGGGCUACGCUGCGAGUACUGAGAUAUUGCAGCAGCACAGCCCAAUAAAAAGCCUUUUCUUUCA